GCCUGCGGACACGUGUGCGCACCCGGAAGCGGCGGCGGGACCGGCCCGGCCCGGGCGCAGGCCAGCAUGAUCCCGGGGCUGGGCCCGGUGCUGCAGGCGCUGCUGGGGACGCUGCUCACCUGGGCGCUGACGGCGGCCGGCUCGGCGCUGGUGUUCGUGUUCUCCAGCGGGCAGAGGCGGAUCCUUGAUGGGAGCCUGGGCUUCGCUGCAGGGGUGAUGCUGGCAGCAUCCUACUGGUCCCUACUGGCCCCAGCCAUUGAACUGGCCCAGGAAUCUGGGAGCUUUGGGGCCUUCUCCUUCUUCCCAGUGGCUGCUGGCUUUGCCCUGGGGGCAGCGUUCGUGUUCGGGGCCGACCUGCUGCUGCCAGAGCUGGGGUUCCCUGGCCCUUCCCACGCCGCCCUGGCCCUGGGCUGUGAGCAGCGAGCCCUGAAGGAGAAGCAGGAGCAGGCCCCAGGCUGGGAUUUCGGGAGCAGCAGCAGCGAGCUGGCCAUCAGGAUAGGUAGAGCUGGGCUGCAGCCAGACAAGGCUGAGAAUGGGGAGCCCUACCAGAGGAGGAGAGGAGCAGGGCCCCCUGUGCCUGAGGGCCCCCCAGCAUUCCUGGCACCCCAGGAUGGAGCCCCCCUGGCCAGGAGCAGCAGCUGGAGGAGGAUUUUGCUGAUGAUCCUGGCUAUCACCAUCCACAACAUCCCAGAGGGCCUGGCAGUGGGAGUUGGCUUCGGGGCCGUUGGGAAAUCCGACUCUGCCACAUUCCAAAGUGCCAGGAACUUAGCCAUUGGGAUUGGGAUCCAGAACUUCCCAGAGGGCCUGGCUGUCAGCCUGCCCCUGCGCGGCGCUGGAUUUUCCACGUGGAAAGCCUUCUGGUAUGGGCAGCUGAGUGGGAUGGUGGAGCCCCUGGCCGGGGUUUUGGGCGCCUUUGCCGUGCUGCUGGCAGAGCCGCUCCUGCCCUACGCGCUGGGAUUUGCUGCCGGAGCCAUGGUCUAUGUGGUGAUGGACGACAUCAUUCCCGAGGCACAGACCAGUGGCAACGGGAAGUUGGCAUCCUGGACCUCCAUCCUGGGGUUUGUGGUGAUGAUGUCCCUGGAUGUGGGGCUGGGGUAGGGCAGAGCUGCGUUCCCAGGAGGAGACAGCAGAGCCCCGCGCCGCGGGAUCGGGAGCCGGCCACGCCUUGGCCCCGGACUGGAUCUGUACAUAGAUUUUUGGGAUCUGGUUUGGUGUUGAUUUCCUCUGAUUUUGUAUCUCCCCCUCCCCUCCGAGUUCCUGGCGAUGGUUUCCAAGCACAAAUAUGGGUGGGUCCUCCCAGAUCCUGGUUUGGUUUUCCUCUUGGAAGGGGCAUUGGAUGACGCUGGGCUGGUUUCUCCAAGGAAAGGCAUUUGGGAUUUUGAUCCUCUCUGCUCUGUCAGAGGUUGGGAAUUCCCUGUCCCAUGUGGAGGCUGGUCUGAGGUCUAGAAAUGGAGUCAGCUCCUUAUGGAGUGUGGAAUUGCACCCUUUUUUGGGAAGGUUGAAGGCAUGAGGACUGUGAUAAGCCAUGGGAUCACAGGUCUUCCACAUCCUGCUGCUCCUCGGGAACGCUGCAGGGAAUUGCUUUGGAUGCAUGGAGAUAGACCAGGCAAAUAAAGAUGAAUUUUUUGGGAUCUCUG